GGCCUGUACUGGGAUCAGUCUUUGUGGUUGUUCGUGUGUACUUCAAUAUAUUACUGAAGCUUCAUCCUGAUCUUAGACCAGACCGUCGAAUAAUAUUCAGUUCACUGUACGCUGUCCUUCACCUACAGCAAUGGCGCAGAACACUAGAAUAAUUCAGAGACUUAGGAACUGGUUGGCGGGGCAUGACCUCCAAGGAAAGCUCCAGCUGCGUUACGGUGAAAUUGCGAAGAGGACUCAGCCACCACCCAAGCUGCCAGUAGGCCCCAGCCAUAAGUUUGCAUUCAACUACUAUUGUAGCAGAGAUGGACGCAGGGAGGCACUUCCUCCUACUGUUGUGAUGUCCCCACAUACAGCACUGGCAGCUGGCACGGAGGCCUCUGCUGUGGCUACAAAGCAGCCAGUCACGCCUGGAGCUCCAAUUAAAGAAUUGGAAUUGUCUAAAGAUCAGCCAUAUCUGUAAUGGCCAUGGCCUGACCCUUUAGUUGUUUGUGUUCCUGUAAAGUUAUCCUAUUCCACUGUAAGAUACCAAUAAAGUCUAUAAAUGUG